AUGUUUGGAAACACAGAUACGCAGGUCAAUACGUUCCAGGCAGUAGUUGGUUACGAUGAGACCGACUCGUACGUUCUCUUCCUCUACCCUGAAGGUGGCCUGAACUUCUUCGGGACACGACCCAAGGAGUCUUAUAAUGUGGAGAUCGAGCUGCCGGCUAGAGUUGGAUUCAGCAGAGGAGAAGUCACGUAUCUGUACUUCUCCCGAACUGAGGGACCUCACUACAGCGUUACCAGCGACGAGCAGAGUGUUAAAAACCUCUACCAGGUUGGGAAUACCGGUAUUCCAGGUGUUUGGCUUUUCCACACUGGGAGCCGUUACUCCUUCGAAAACAUUGUUCCUGCAUCCAUUGGUGGCCUCCUUGCUACUGUACCACCUGGAGGACGUGGCCUCUCCCUGGACACCACCACACCUGAGUACGCUGAGUUUGAAUAUUCAGACAACACUUUUGACCCUGAUAACCAGGAGGAAGACGAUUACCCUCUGACAGGCGGGGACCCUGAAUUCCAGCCAGCCCCCGCUGGUGGUGAGCACUCAGAGUCCCUUCAACCAGCAAGUCCUGAUGCUCCCUCCUCCCCUUCAGAGGACUCUGGUCGUCAGGUGUCGUACGGCAACGAAGAUGUACCACUGACCUCUGAACCCAGGUACGGCUCAGAGCCAGCACAGAGGCAGUAUGCUCCCCCAUAUUCUCCAGAAGCAGUGCCAGAGGGAGGAGCUCAGCACAGUCCGGAACAGCACCCACAGGUUCCUCUGGAGGUGGUAGACGUCUACCCCCCUCCCAGAAAUGAACCACGUCUCUCGCCCGGAGGUCACGUGGUCAGUGUGGAUGAAGAUGAUGUUGAUUUUGACACAGGAGCAGAGCAGCUCAGCAGCUGGCAGUACAAUACUGCCGUUGUGCUGGGCAGCUCCCAGCCAGCUCUGAUUAACAACCCCCACACCCCCGCCUCAAUCAAGCUGACAGCUGACGUUAAACUAGAACAGAGUUCUUUCAAUGUUGCCGGUGGAGGUUCCACACCAGAGGGUGGCUUUUCUUGUCAGAAGCCACUGGGUCGGAACGGGAACGCGUUCAACUCGGACUGGAACGGGUGA